AUGUCUACAAGUAAAAGUCAGUUCGGUCCGUCUCGAGAAUUUUUGUCAAACCAUCGAUCUGCCAACCCGAGAAGCCGCACAAUCUUGGUGACGGGAGCGACGGCCGGUAUCGGCUUGGCCAUAACGAGACACUUGCUCUCCUCGAGCUCGCAGCAUUUGUUGAUCCUGACGGGACGCAAACGAAAUGUCCUCGAGGACCUCGCGAGGGAGAAUCCCGACCGUGUGAUGACGAGCGCGGGGGACAUGUCGGAGCUCGAGUACGUCAGGUCCAUUUUGACCAAGGUCGAACUGGAUGGGCGUCUGGACGGACUCGUCUUGAACCACGGAACGUUCGGUUCGUCUUUGAGGAUCAAGGACGUCUCGGCGGAACGAGACUGGGAGAGCACGUUUCGAAUCAACGUUUCCAGUUGCGUGGAAUUGAUCACACAAGCGCUGCCUCUACUACGACCGGCAAAGGGUAGAAUAGUCUUUACUUCAUCGGGCGCCGCCACAAACGCGUACGCGUCGUGGGGAGCCUAUGGUGCUUCAAAGGCGGCCAUCAAUCAUCUCGCCAUGACGCUGCGGACCGAAGAACCCGACGUUACGACCGUGUCCAUACGUCCCGGAGUGGUGGACACUGCCAUGCAAGUCGACAUUCGAGAGAAAUUUCUCAAAAACAUGGACGAAAAGGAUCAAAAGAAAUUCGGGAGCGCAAAAAAGGAUGGGAUCCUGUUGCCGCCCGAGAAACCCGGGCGAGUGAUUGCCGAACUGGCAAUCCGAGCGGAAAAGGAUUUGUCGGGGCAAUUCUUGAGCUGGGAUGAUCCGAAGUUGGCAGACUACAGGGGAGAUUGAACAUUGAUUUGGGAACGGAAGGAAAAGGCCAUGACUGAAAAACUGUCCUUCAAACAAAGUGAUGUAUUGCUACAUGACAUGGCUGUGGGCAAACGACACAAAUGAAGAAUGCAAGUAGAUGACGACACCUGUUUAAAACCAGUCAGCAAAGAGGAACUUCAAUGCAGAUACGGGACUCAAAUGUCAAAUGAUAAGAACUCAGGCGAAAGAUGAAAAAAUGAAUACACAGCUUGAAGCAUUAGAUCAAAUGACCUUCAUACUUAGCAUGGAAAGAGUGAAUGUGUUCAUCAUAGAAUGGUAUUGACAAC